AUGACGCUCCCGAGCGAUCCACCAGCAGUUGUCGCUGCUUCCGCUCCAGCAAAGCGAUCAGUAGCUGAGACGAACAACUCCGCGACUGUGACCCCUGCUCGCUUCUCGACGCCGCCCCCUCCCUCAGAUCGUGGCCAUCUGGAGAGUCGCCAACAUUUGGAAAAUGCGAACCAGCGAAAAGUCCAACAUAUAAGACGCCCCAGCGAACCAUCUCGGGGCACUGCUUUUGAUGCCGAUGCUGUCGACCACGCCUUGCUCCGAGAGAUUCAUCACCGAUCGCAACGGGAGAGCACCCCGGGAGCCAGCCCGCAUCGUAAGCGCCAGAGGAUAAACGGUGACAGAUUCAUUCCCACGCGCUCUGGCCAAGACCUCCAAGCAAGCUUUAGUUUAUUGCACGAAGACGGCUCACCAGCAACUCCCUCAAAGCAAAAGAAGCGAACUCCACACGGAGAGCUUCAUUUCCAAAAGACUGAGGAAGCAAACCGCACAUUUUCGACGUUGCUCCGAGCUGAGCUCUUCGAGGGCUCAAUACCUCAAGCGACACCGUCGACACUGUCACCGGAGCAUUCGUUGUCCACCGCAUCUCACUCGGCCAACAUUCAUGACGCCACAAGAUCGCGCACACCGCCAAACAAUGCUUCUGCGGCUUCUCUACCAUCCACUCUGACCCCUUCAACCCCUCACAAGAAUUUGUUCUCCUACAUGUCACCCCGGCAACUAAGCAACGCAGGCCACCUCACGCCGUCGAGAACGCCACAAAGUCGGCACGGCCCCAAUCUAGACACCCGCUCUGAAAUCUACAGCCUCUCGCCAGUUCGUUUCAAUAGCCAACAGAUGCUCCUCAGCCCACGUCGACAACCCCGCGCAGUCAGCAAAGUGCCUUACAAAGUAUUGGACGCCCCCGACCUGGCGGACGACUUUUAUCUGAACCUGGUAGACUGGGGCAGCGCCAACGUGCUGGGAGUCGGUCUUGGGUCCAGCGUGUACAUGUGGAACGCGCAGACCAGUAGAGUUAAUAAGCUGUGCACCCUCGAGGAUGACACGGUCACCAGCGUAUCGUGGAUCCAGAAGGGAACGCACAUCGCCAUCGGGACGGGGAAAGGAUUGGUCCAGAUUUGGGACGCAGAGAAGACGAGACGAUUGAGAACAAUGACUGGCCACACCGCCAGGGUAGGCUCGCUUGCCUGGAACACCCAUAUUUUGACAUCUGGUUCUCGCGACCGCCUCAUCUACCACAGAGACGUUCGCGCUCCGGAUCAGUGGUUGCGGAAACUUGUGGGUCACAAACAGGAAGUGUGCGGCCUGAAAUGGAACUGCGAAGAUGGGCAGCUGGCCAGUGGUGGUAACGAUAACAAACUGAUGGUAUGGGAUAAGCUUUCGGACACGCCACUCUGGAAAUUCUCGGACCAUACCGCUGCCGUCAAAGCCAUCGCAUGGUCACCGCACCAGAGGGGGCUCCUGGCAUCUGGAGGUGGAACUGCUGAUCGCAGAAUCAUUUUCCACGACACCGUCCGUGGCACUGUGAUCAACGAGGUGGACACGGGAAGCCAGGUCUGCAACAUAGCGUGGUCCAAGAACUCGAACGAAAUCGUGUCGACCCACGGGUACAGCCAAAACCAGAUCGUUGUCUGGAAGUAUCCGUCAAUGACGCAGGUGGUCAGUCUCACCGGCCACACGUAUCGUGUUCUAUAUCUUGCGAUGAGCCCUGAUGGCAGAGUCGUCGUGACGGGCGCCGGUGACGAGACGCUACGUUUUUGGAAUGUGUUUGGCCGGCGACCGGGAGCUCGAGAAGAUAGCGACGGGGGCAAGCUUGCUGACUGGGGCAUCAUCCGGUAA